AAGUUUACACUACUAUAUCAGUAGCAGACGACAACAAAACAACGCGGCGGGUCGUGAUUUAUAUCAGGAACCAAACGAAAUUGACAUGGCAACCGUUAAACAUGGCUCUCGCCUCCAUGAUUCAUCAACGCUUUGCAAAAUGACGUCUUUGUUCCAGCCCAUGUAGAUAACAAAGGUUGGAAAUAUGUACAGGAAUGCAGCCACCAAGAUAAUAAUAAUAUCAUAGAACUUAAUGCAUUUCUACCCUGAGACAUAAGGGCGUUGUACAAACUGAAUGUAGGUAUGCUUAGAGGAUGGAGUUGAUUUACCUAUACAGAUGACAAGCGGGGCGUUACACCCAAGCCAGUAUUAAUGUAGUAAAGUAUUUAAAAAAAAAAACCCCAACUAAAUCUGGAGUUCAUUAUUUGCGUGAGCACAGACAGCGAGUCGUUAAACAGUUGGAAAAUAUCGUGGAGCAUCGGAAUUCUUUGUGAUCUUCCAGGAAUAUCUAAAGUGAUCAGAAUUGUUUAGAGUCAUUAAUGGAAAGCAUCAAGGGUAAUAAUGUUUGUCAAAAAUUAGUAUAAAUCUUUUGGAUUAUGGAAGUUAUUGUUAAACUGAACAUCUGUUUUAUUUGGUAGCCUGGCAGUGAUCUAAAACUUUUUGUGAAUGGAUUUGAUGGUAUUCACCCGUAACUAACGACCUUGUUGAAUGGAAUUAAAAGUUUACGCAAGAAUUCAAACACAACUAAGACAAAAAAAGUGAGUCUGAAUGAACUGAUGUCUUUAUAAAGUGAAUUGCUGUGUGAUAUGUCUAUAGUAAUCUGGCUGUUAACUACUUACUGCAUUACCCAUUACGAAAUCUCAAAAGAAUUCGUGGAUUCGGUUCAUUAUAAUUUAGACAGUUUUUUUGCAUUAAUAGUGCCAAUAAAUUUCGCAAAUUUGAUAAAUUGCAGAGUUUGUUAGCUUGUUCGCUGUGUAGUAUGAAUGAAGUUUAAGUGAUAAAGGACCUGAAGUUGCCAAUAAAGUGGCAAAUCAGAUCAUCGGAUCAUUAAUUUGAUAAAUUUUUCAUCGUGCGUUGUCUAAUAAUUAUCACUAGACUAGUUAAGUUGAAGAAUUCGAGUUGCUGCAAAUUUCAUCCGUUGAUCAUUGUGUUAAUUUGAUAAGUUGCAGUCGGUGCGUCGUUUAAUAUGACUGGGUUGUUUUAAUAGUUUCAUAUUCAGUCGGUGCGUCGUCUAAUAUGACUGGACUGUUAUAAUAGUUUCAUAUUCAGUUGUACAGACUCGUGUUGUGCAUCGUUCCUGUAUUGAUAUUUCUGUAUCGGUGUAUAAAUUUGAUAUACUUGUAUUCAGCGAAUGUACAGCCGCACGUUGCUUAUCAUGACUGUACCCUAAUGAUACAGGAGCAAAAGUAAACAGACACUAAAAACAACAACGCCCAGUCAGCAAAUAUCAGCCUUAUUCAUGGAAGUUAUUGAACUGUGUCUCGCUCGUAUCGCCGUACAUCGUGUGAAUUAACCUAGAUCCUAAAUCCCUCAAUUGUUUGACAUACAUCGUGUCAAAGUGUGUGACAUAGGUAUCCCAAAUACAGGAUAGAAUAGCUUAUAAAUAGUUGUGUAUCGUGGGGAUAUUAUCAUCGUCUCUCUCUCUAUAUAUAUAUAUAUAUCUAAUAUAACUUGUACUUGAUAUUAGUGAAAUUGAUAUAGGGGUUAACCAAGGGCCGCUGUUUUAUCGUUAACUGUUUGCGGUGAAAAGGAUUUUAUAAAUUAAACGAACUUUAUCGAAAUGGUUUGAUAAAUGAACAAGAAAUCAAUCUGACACAGAAACAAUGACAACGACAAUGAGCAAUGGAUUAAAUAUUAUGAAUACGAACGGAAGGGCUAAAACUACGGAUGUUACUAAGUUAGCGGUCAUAGGACGAGCAGCGGUUGGAAAAUCAGCUUUAGUUGUUCGUUUUUUAACGAGAAGAUUCAUCUGGGAAUAUGAUCCCACUCUUGAAUGUUCCUAUAAACACACUACGAAUAUUGACGAGGAACCAGUUGUCAUGGAGAUACUGGACACGGCUGGACAGGAGGAGAAUAUAAACAGAGAAGGCUACGUCAAGUGGGCAGACGGCUUUAUUCUUGUCUAUUCCAUUACAGACAGACAAAGUUUCGAAGACGUCGUCAACGUCAAACAAUACUUAGAUGACGUCAAGAAAACGAACGUGCAGUGUGUGCUCGUGGGGAAUAAAGUCGAUCUAUUACACGAGAGAAAAGUAGAUUUUUGUGAGGGUGAAAUGGCCGCCCAGGAUAUGGCGUGCGCGUUCUUUGAGACGUCCGUCAGUGAUGGACGGGAAGAUAUAACUGAAAUAUUCCAUGAACUACAUCGUGACAUCAAGCGGAGGAAAAUGAUGGAGAAUAAAGGCAGACGUCGUAGUUCGGCACAACAGGUCCGUCACGUGUUCAAUCGAAUGUUAAAUAAAAUAGGCAAUGGAACUUGAUGAAUGGAUUGACGCACGUGCAGACAUUAAUAUAGUUAUCAAUAUUUAAAAAAAAAGACCUGAUAAUUAUGACUAUAUAUUCAAACUGUGGACGCCAUUAAAGUGACGUAGACAUGCUGAAAGCAGUAAAAGCGAGGUGAAAUUGAACUCCAAACGAUCACCAAUUUAAUCUGAUGUGAAUUCACUAUUGGAGUUGUUUCCCUUUGGAUAAUGAUUGUUCAACAACGAAUACUGUGUAUAUAAGGGGAUGUAACGUUUUAUGUCUAAAACUUUUAAUGUUUUAAUAUUUUCAAUGUAAAGGAAUUGUUAUGAAUGAACAAUAUCAUGAUCUUGAAAAUGCAAUUAAAUAUUUUAUUAUUUUUAAAGGAAAUGUGAUGAAUGAACAAUAUCAUGAUCUGAAAAUACAAUUGAAUUUUUUAAUAUUUUUAAAGGAAAUGUUGUGAAUGAACAACGUCAUGGUUUGAAGUACACCAACAUGUUUUAAUAUUUUUAAAGAAAAUGUUAUGAAUGAACAAAGUCAUGAUUUGAAGUAAACGUACAUGUUUUAAUAUUUUUAAAGGGGCUGUUAUGAAUGGAAAUGUCAUGAUCUGAAAGUACGUGUUUCAAUAUUUUUAAUUUAACACUGUCAAAAAGAUUGUGUUAUGAAUGAACAACGUCAUGAUCUGAAAGUACAUGUUUCAAUUUAUUAAUGUAACGCUGUCAAAAAGACUGUUAUGAAUGAA